UAACUUUAAGACACGCCCUUAACAACAGAGCAGAGCACAGAAGAAGAAGAAGAGGAAGAAAAAAAUAACUCUCUUUUUUCCUCUCUCAACCCAAAAAUGGCCGAGCUUGAGAAUCCAGGAGUAAUGCCGAAGCUAAUAGCCUUCUUAUCCUCAUUGCUAGAACGAGUUGCGGAGUCCAACGAUCUUCAACGCCAAGUCGCUACUCAGUCACAGAGGGUUUCCGUGUUCCACGGUUUGAGUCUACCUUCCAUUACGAUUCAGAGCUACCUGGAGAGGAUUUUCAAAUACGCUCAUUGUAGCCGUUCCUGCUUCGUUGUGGCUUACGUUUAUCUUGACCGCUUCACUCACAGUCAACCUUCCCUUCCCAUCAAUUCCCUUAACGUUCAUCGUCUCCUCAUUACAAGCGUCUUGGUCGCUGCUAAAUUCCUCGAUGAUCGGUACUACAACAAUGCGUAUUACGCGAAAGUGGGAGGGAUAAGCACGAAAGAGAUGAAUCUUCUGGAGCUUGAUUUCUUAUUCGGGUUAGGUUUUGAUUUGAACGUGACGCCAAACACAUUCCACUCUUACUUCUCUUAUCUUCAAAAGGAAAUGACUCUUCUUCAACCUCACUCUCUCCUUCUUGGUCCACCAAGACCUGUCAUUACCUUCAGUGACGAAGAAGCUUCUCAUCAGAAACAACAACAACUCGCUGUUUGAUUUUCACAAGAUUAAUCUUCUCUUUUUAAUGAAUUUGUGUAGCUGUAGUGUAGAGAUUUGUCGGCAGGAACGUGUCUUAAUCAAUCAAGCCAGUAAGUUCAAUAUGAUAAUGCAUCAUUACAGACUGGCUUGGCUAAAGAAUUGUAAAAUGUCACUAUUACUAAUAAACCCUAAACUUAAAUAACUA